AUUGAGAGAGAGAGAGAGAGAGAGAAAAAUGGCACAACCAAAAAUUACAUCACCGCUCGCACGAGAGCGGGAGAUGAGCUUCACGCUGAUGAGUGGCCACAAGAUCCCUGCAGUAGGUCUGGGCACUUGGAAGACCGGUGACAAGGCAUCUGAGUCAGUCUUUAGUGCAAUCACCGAGGCUGGAUACAGACAUAUUGAUACAGCAAAAGCGUAUAAAAUCCAGAAAGAGGUUGGUGAAGGUCUCCGGGCUGCUAUGCAAAAAGGAAUUGACCGAAAAGAUCUAUUCAUCACAUCCAAAUUAUGGUGCACAGAUUCGUCGCCAGAUAGAGUUCGGAAAGCACUGAACAGUACACUUGAGGAACUGCAACUUGAUUACCUCAACCUUUAUCUGGUUCACUGGCCCUUCCACCUUAAAGACGACGCGCAAAGGCCCCCAAGAGCAGGCGACGUUAGCGCCUUCGACAUGGAAGGAGUGUGGAGAGAAAUGGAGGAGCUGGUUAAGGAUGGAGUAGUCAGAGACAUCGGCAUAUGUAACUUAUCGGUCAAGAAGCUAGAGAAGCUACUGAGCUUCGCUCAAACAAAGCCUUCAGUAUUGCAGAUGGAGAUGCACCCUGGGUGGAGGAAUGAUAAGAUACUGGAAGUAUGCAAGAAGAAUGGGAUCCAUGUAACCGCUUAUUCGCCACUGGGUUCAACUGAUGGUCGGGACUUGGUGAAUGAUUCUACUGUUCAGAAGGUAGCAAACAAGCUGAACAAGAGCCCAGGCCAAGUCCUGGUGAAAUGGGCAUUGCAAAGGGGAACCAGCGUCGUCCCCAAGUCGACGCACGCGAACAGGAUAAGGGAAAACAUCCAAGUGUUCGGUUGGGAAAUCCCCGACGAGGAUUUCAAAAUGCUGAGCAGCAUGAGCGAUCAGAAGAGGGUCGUCAAGGGGGAGCAGAUUUUCGUCAACAAGACAGAUGGUCCGUUCAAGAGCGUAGCUGAGCUCUGGGACGGUGAAGUCUAGCUUAGUUAAUUAAUUUCGAGUUUAAUUUAGCUCUGAAUUAAUUAUACAUGUUUUUUUUCUUCUUUCAAUUGAUCCCGUACGUGAGUGUGAUUUUGUGGAUUGUUAGCUGUGUUUGGUUGGUACUGAGGAUUAUAUUGAUCCUGGCCGGUGCAAGUUACCCCA